GACAAAAUCUAAGAAGAAGGAAAAAAAAAUGAGGCAACAUGUCAGAGUUUAAACAGUAUAGAUAAGAGGUUACUAGUUUUUAAAUAGUUUCAAAAUAUUUUCUGAACUUUUUUUUCCCCUGUGACAUACUGGGUAUUAAUUGUCAGUCAAGGUAGGUGUCAAUCAGAGUAGUCAAGGCAUUACAUUUCUACAUGGAAUGUUUCUCUUUGAGGUCAUAUUGCUAAGAUGAUUUCCUUUGCUGGAGUACUCAGUUCUGAAGAUUGUUUCUCCUUGUUACUCAAGAGGAGAUUACAGAAAACACACUUUUUGAUCCUUUCAGUUCAUGACCCUAAAGACCUAACCAUUGUUAUAGAAGCAAAAGAAAGCAGAUAAAGAUCAGCUUUGAAGUUUAAAAUCAAUGGAGAAGACUCAAGAAACAGUCCAAAGAAUUCUUCUAGAACCCUAUAAGUAUUUACUUCAGUUACCAGGUAAACAAGUGAGAACCAAACUUUCACAGGCAUUUAAUCAUUGGCUAAAAGUUCCAGAAGACAAACUACAGAUUAUCAUUGAAGUGACAGAAAUGUUGCAUAAUGCCAGUUUGCUCAUCGAUGAUAUCGAAGACAACUCAAAACUCCGACGUGGCUUUCCAGUGGCACACAGCAUCUAUGGAAUUCCAUCUGUCAUCAAUUCUGCCAAUUAUGUGUAUUUCCUUGGCCUCGAGAAAGUCUUAACCCUUAAUCACCCAGAUGCAGUGAAGCUUUUCACCCACCAGCUUUUGGAACUCCAUCAGGGACAAGGUCUAGAUAUUUAUUGGAGGGAUAAUUACACUUGUCCCACUGAAGAAGAAUAUAAAGCAAUGGUGCUGCAGAAAACAGGUGGACUCUUCGGAUUAGCAGUAGGUCUCAUGCAGUUGUUCUCUGACUACAAAGAAGAUCUAAAGCCACUGCUUAAUACACUGGGGCUCUUUUUCCAAAUUAGGGAUGAUUAUGCUAAUCUACACUCCAAAGAAUAUAGUGAAAACAAAAGCUUCUGUGAAGAUCUAACAGAGGGAAAGUUCUCCUUCCCUACUAUUCAUGCUAUUUGGUCAAGGCCUGAAAGCACACAAGUGCAGAAUAUCUUGCGUCAGAGAACCGAGAAUGUAGAUAUUAAAAAAUACUGUGUACAUUAUCUUGAGGAUGUAGGUUCUUUUGAAUACACUCGGAGUACUCUUAAAGAGCUUGAAUCUAAAGCCUAUAAACAAAUCGAUGCACGUGGUGGGAACCCUGAGCUUGUAGCCCUAAUUAAGCACUUAAGCAAAAUGUUCAAAGAAGAGAAUGAAUAAUAUUAAGCCAUUUCCAGUUAGACCUGGUAGCUUAUUGCAGUUGACUAUUUUUUGUCUUUUAGCCUAUCACUUUUUUAAAAAUUUGGACCGAGCUGUCACUCUCCACAAACCGAAUGAAUAAGGGUGAUGUAAAUGAGGUGGUUUUGAUUUAGAACCCCUUUGUAUAGAUAAUCAUCAUAGUACAAAGUUGAAAGAAUCAAAACGGGCCACAUUUAAGUAGGUCUGAUUUGAAUGUCAGAAUGUGCUAUGUCUGGACCUUAUGGACAACUGCCACAAAUGUUCUGUUGAUUCUGUCAAUAAAGAAGACUUCAGCUUCCAGGAA